GGACUCACUUCCGCUCAUUUCAGUGAAACACGUCAACACUUAAGGAAUCGGUUAACGAUUUCUUCACGUUAAGUGGUUCACUUUAGAGGAAGUAAAAUUCUUUAUUAAGUCUGGCUUCACAUUGAUCUGCUGGAAUAAUUAAGUAAUAGUUUACACAGACUGUCAACUAAUUAUUUGUAGUACUGUGUCUGUGACCAUAAUAAAUAUAGGCCUAUGUGUGAUCAUAUUAAGACGAUGAAAGCUGUCAUUCUUGCCGCAGGAUAUGGAACGAGGUUGCAAAGAGAUGUCGAAAACAGCACCUGCGGAAGAUUUAGCCACCUGUCUGGCAUUUCCAAACCAUUGCUUCCUGUGGGCAACUCUUCCUUGAUAUCAUACUGGGUUAAUGCGUUGACUGCCACUGAAUGUGUGGAUACGAUUUACGUGAUUACAAAUGCCCUGCACCAAGAGAAAUUUCAGGAGUGGGCCAAAGAUUUCCACAACGUUAAAAUCCUCAGUGAUGGAACAAGAAGCAAUGAAGAGCGUCUUGGUGCAGUGUCCUGCCUUCAACUGGCUGUGAAGAACUUCAUGAUCAAGGAUCAUGUGGUCAUUAUUGGAGGUGACACUCUCUUUAAGGAAGAUUUCAGCCUCAACAAAGUAAAGGAGAAGUUUUGUGAACUUCAAGCAAAGAGUGAGGACAGUAAUCUGGUACUUUCUUACCAGUGCAAAGAUGAGGACACCUCCAAGUAUGGCAUAUUGGAGGUUGAUGAAGCUUUUCGGGUGCUGUGCAUGAAGGAGAAACCACUGUUCUCUGAGACAACAUCGAGGAGGGCAUGUCCCUGUUUCUAUAUUCUGUCCCAAACAAGCCUUCCUCUUCUAGAUGACUUUCUGGACGCAUUUAAGGAAUCUGCCAUUGAAGAGAAGGACGCACCUGGAAAUUUCUUGUCUUGGCUCAUCCCAAGAAAACCUGUGUACACUUAUGAGAUUGAUGGCCGUUUUGAUGUUGGAAACCUGCAAUCCUAUAUUGAAUGUGAUCUAUAUUUUAGAGAACUUCACGAUGUUAAGUCAUACAUGAUAUAGUAAACUGCUAAAUACAUUGUGACUGGGUCAGUACAACCAAACCUUUCUGUAACGUUAUAAUCAUGAAAAACUUCCUGCCUAUAUUCCAACUAUUGGUCUUUGUAUUACCUUUGUACAGUCUAGAGAACCUUUAUUCUAAAAUGUGUUUUGUAAUUCAUACAUUUGAUAAAAAACCACUUGACUAAAAAAAUAAAGGUUCACUUU